CGUAAAAAAGCAUACUGCAGCAUAUUUUAAAAUUGAAAUGGAUUUUUCAAAGAAAGUAAGAAAAAGCGGCCUUUUUUACUACCGUCGAAGGAAAAUUCUCGAGAAAUGGACUAAGGAAAACCAAUUAUUUCAAUCAGAUCAUUGUACGUUCAAUCAACAACUAUCAUCUACUUUGGGGCAGGAGAAUCGACCGGAUGCUACGACUGAUGAUGGGAUCGCAACUGGUGAUCUCUCUGGUGAUAGUCAGUUUAUAAAUACACAAGAAAUAGACAGCGGUAUUCCGAAUAUUGAUAACCCUACGGACACUAAAGAUUCAGAAGAGAAUGUAUCACUAUCUGGUGCGUAUGACGAUCUUAUAUCCAUUGAUGAACUCGAUUCAAUGAGCCUUGAAGAAAGCAUCCGAUAUUGGGCUCUUAAAACGAACCAACCGCAUCAAUCCAUUAACAUGAUUAUGGACAUCAUACGCAAAAAGACGGACGGGAAACUAUUACCGCGAUCCGCCAGAUCACUGCUAAAGACUUCAAGAACUGCAACGUCGAAUAUCGUAGACAUAGCUGGUGGUCAGUAUUGGUACUAUGGGAUUAGAAGGUGCCUGGCAGAUUUCUUUCGCGAUAUCGAUCAUCCUAUUUCCAUUUCAAUCAACGUGAACAUCGAUGGCAUACCUGUUUACAAAAGCAGCAAAGCCCAGCUAUGGCCAAUUCUUUUCAAUAUAUUUGAGAAACCAGAUAUUAAGCCAAUGGCCAUUGCCCUAUUCCUUGGCAAUUCAAAACCUGAAAGUUUGGAAGAAUUCCUGCGACCUUUUGUAGAUGAGUUCACAGAUAUCUUGAACAAUGGAUUUUUCAUCAACGGUAAUAAAAUAACCAUUCGAUUGAGAUGCUUCAUAUGCGACACACCCGCACGUGCCUUCAUUAAGGGUGUAUAUGGCUUCAAUUCAAAAAACGGUUGUAUAAAAUGCACAUGCGAAGGCGAAUACUCAUAUGAAUCUCGCACAGUAGUAUUCACUUCAGUGAACUGUGCCAAACGAAAUGACCACGAGUUCAGGACGAAUGCUUAUAGUCACCAUCAAAAAACGAUCACACCUCUGAUUGAUAUUCCCAAUCUGGAUCUUAUUCAGGAUAUUAUCGUAGCAGAUCGCCUCCACCUAAUUGACUUGGGUUUAAUGAAACGAUUAUUGCUUGGGUGGAGAGAUGGCACUCUAGGGUACGCAGCUAAAUUAUCAGCUUUACAAAUUAAUGAUAUGACUGUUAUGCUUCGCAAUAUUCAGCUUCCCGCAGAAAUGCAUAGGAAGUUUCGAGGUCUGGAUCAUCUUUCCCACUGGAAAGGGACUGAAUUCAAUAAUUUUCUGCAUUAUGGGAGCAUAGUUGUACUGAAGAAACAUCUUCCUUCAGACGCAUAUCAACAUUUCCUUUUAUUCUAUUGCUCCAUAACGAUGCUCUCAUCAGAAUGUUUCAGACCGAACUGGCAUGUAGCUAAAAAAAUGUUAGAACAGUUUAUUAUUGAUUUCAUGAGGAUCUACGGAGAACAGUAUGUGACCAGUAACAUUCACAAUCUUCAACAUAUAGUAGAUGAGGCAGAGGUUUUCGGUACAUUAAGUACAAUGGCUGCAUAUCCAUUUGAAAAUGGUUUGCAACGAAUGAAACAUUUCAUUCGUAGUGGAUCUAAAACUCUUGAACAAGUCGUUAAUCGACUAUCGGAAAUCAUUUCACAAGACUAUUAUGGUACACACAAAUCAACGAAAAAAUUUCCUUUAUUAACAAAUUUCGGAGAUUCUGUACGCGUUGAGAUAGAAGAUAGCUUUGUUCUGAGUAACUCUCAAAGGAAUAGUUGGUUUUUGACUAAAACCAAUCAGGUGGUAAAAUUUGUUAACGCGACACAAACGCCAGGAGUACAAAUUCAUGGUAAAGUUCUGGUUAAUACCCGAAACUUUUUUGAUGAUCCUUUUACCUCGUCUGUUUUAUACGUAUUUUGCGGUGAUAUUAAUAAUUUGUCUCCUGAUGAGCUACUAUUCGGAUGUGAUGAUAUCAAGUGCAAACUAGUUGCUGUUCCAAAUGGCGAAGAAUAUGUGUUUGUACCUGUACUGCAUACGCUUAAAUCAAUUUGAAUAAACAUUCGUUAUGUC